GCGCCGGAAGUGACGCGAAGCCCUGCGGAGACCAGGAGUUCGACUGUAGGACGAGCUCGGGCCCCACGUGUUCCCGGUGCUCGCUGGCCGGAGCCCCCGGCUUCCCAGGGCCGGGGGACCUUAGCGGCACCCGCACGUAGCCUACUUCCCGAGCGGAGCCAUGUCUGGUAACGGCAACGCGGCUGUAACAGCGGAAGAAAACAGCCCAAAGAUGAGAGUGAUUCGUGUGGGUACCCGCAAGAGCCAGCUUGCUCGCAUACAGACGGACAGUGUGGUGGCAACACUGAAAGCCUUGCACCCUGACCUGCAGUUUGAAAUCAUUGCUAUGUCCACCACAGGGGACAAGAUCCUUGAUACUGCACUCUCUAAGAUUGGAGAGAAGAGCUUAUUUACUAAGGAGCUUGAACAUGCCCUGGAGAGGAAUGAAGUGGACCUGGUUGUUCACUCCCUGAAGGACCUGCCCACUGUGCUUCCUCCUGGCUUCACCAUAGGAGCCAUCUGCAAGCGGGAAAACCCCCAUGAUGCUGUUGUCUUUCACCCAAAAUUUGUUGGGAAGACCCUAGAAACUUUGCCAGAAAAGAGUGUGGUGGGAACCAGCUCCCUGCGGAGAGCGGCCCAGCUGCAGAGAAAGUUCCCACAUCUGGAGUUCAGGAGCAUUCGGGGAAACCUCAACACCCGGCUUCGGAAGCUGGAUGAGCAGCAGGAGUUCAGUGCAAUCAUCCUGGCAACAGCUGGCCUGCAGCGCAUGGGCUGGCACAACCGGGUGGGGCAGAUCCUGCGCCCUGAAGAAUGCAUGUAUGCUGUGGGCCAGGGGGCCUUGGGUGUGGAAGUCCGAGCCAAGGACCAGGCCAUCUUGGAUUUGGUGGGUGUGCUGCAUGAUCCCGAAACUCUGCUUCGCUGCAUCGCGGAAAGGGCCUUCCUGAGGCACCUGGAAGGAGGCUGCAGUGUGCCAGUAGCUGUGCAUACAGCUAUGAAGGAUGGGCAACUGUACCUGACUGGAGGAGUCUGGAGUCUAGAUGGUUCAGAUAGCAUACAGGACACCAUGCAGGCUACAAUCCAUGUCCCUGCCCAGCAUGAAGAUGGCCCUGAGGACGACCCACAGCUAGUAGGCAUCACUGCUCGGAACAUUCCGCGAGGACCCCAGUUGGCUGCCCAGAACUUGGGCAUCAGCCUGGCCAACUUGUUGCUGAGCAAAGGAGCCAAAAACAUCCUGGAUGUUGCACGGCAGCUUAAUGAUGCCCAUUAACUGGUCUGUGGGGCAGAUGCCUGGGUUGCUGCUGUCCAGUACCGAUUCUCAUGCUAGCUGAGGAGCAAUUACCCCAGGAGACUGAACAGCAGGGUCCAAGCCUUCCAGGGAUUUGCCUCACCAUGAGGCCUUGAUGACUGCCUUGACUCCUAAGAAUGUGGGGGCUUCAUCUCUUUAGAGAAAUCCAAGCCACAGCCUUUGAAUGUAACCAACUCUACUAAUAAACCAGCUCUGAAGGUG